CGAUGCCAUGUGGUCACCUGUGGCAUAUGCGUCCAGGUCAAUGACACCAACAGAGCAGCGCUAUGCUCAAGUAGAAAAGGAGGCAUUGGCUGCGACGUGGGCAUGUGAAAGGUUCAGCUGUUUCAUCCUGGGAAGACCAUUCGAGCUGGAAACUGCCCAUAAGCCGUUGGUGAGUCUGCUGGGAGGGAAAGCUUUGGAUGACCUCCCACCAAGAGUCCAAAGAGCAGCCCCAGGUUUCCUCAGAGCAAUGGGGAGGCGGAACGCGCUGUACAAACCGUGAAAAACCUGAUAACAAAGGCAUCAGACCCAUAUCUUGCAUUGCUGGCCUACAGAGCAACCCCUCUACAGAACGGCUAUAGCCCGGCCGAGCUGUUGAUGGGGAGCCGCCUCCGCACUACAGUUCCUGCCCUUCCAACCCUGCUGAAUCCUGUUUUACCUGACUACAAUGCGCUGGAGGCCAAAGAAAGGGAGAAGAGGAGGAACGACGCAAGAUCCUUCGACAAGAGGCACGGAGCGAGAAAUCUGGAGUCACUAGUACCUGGGGAGGAUGUGUGGAUCACCGAUGCACGAAUCAUGGGCAAAGUGCUAUCUACACACAAUACCCCUCGCUCUUAUCUCGUCCAGGUGCCUCAGGGCACACUGAGGAGGAACCGGCAGCACUUGGUGCCGCUGCAGACCAACAGUGGGGUAGUCGAUGCUGAUGAGCCACCGGUGGGAGAAGAUUCAGCUCCACCAGAGCCAGCUCCACCAGUGACAACAUCACCCAGCAGAGAGGGCCCCACCACAGAGACUGUGCGGACCAGGUGUGGGAGAGAGGUUAGAAAGCCGAAGAGACUUGAUUUGUGAUUUAUUGAUCUGUUUUCUACAGUAAAGAAAAAGAGAGAGUGAAAUGUGAUGUGAAAUUGUUCUGUAAACCUGGUACAUUUACCUGAAACCUGAGAGUUUAAGUUUUGAAGAACACAGUCUGCUAAAGUAAUAGUUCACCGUAUGGUAACGCGGAAGUUAUUUUAUUUCUAUUUUGCAUGCUUGAAUCAGGGACAGGUCUUCCAGCAAAAGGGCAGAAUAAACCCCUUAAGACCUGCAGAGAUAAAGGUAGUCCACCCUUUAUUCUCAAAGAAAGGGAGAUGUGGUAUUAUGGGAAUAAUAGUGUAAGGAAUGCGGUGGCCGGAUGUGACGUGGGAACCCGGGGGUGUGGCAGUUGAGGAGUCGCCUGCGCAUGCACAAGAGCCUGCGGCUGCUGUACAGAGUUGUUAAAUAAAGAUAUACUCCGUUUACGUCGUGGUACGAGCCUUAUUAUACAAAUAACUCGACAACAUCAAGGUACAAUUCUGGAAGUACUUAAAGUGAAAGUAGAUACAUUGUUAAUAAUCAUAGUAUGAAGGCUCUGGGAAAUGGGCACUGCGGAAUAUGGUAGAUGAACCGUAAUCAUAUUAGAAGGUGGGGCAGGUGGCUUACACCCGCUCCCAUUUUCUUAUGUUCUCAUAUCUUUGCAUGAAACCAAAUUGGCAAAUGUAUAUAAAAGAUGAGCAUAGAUAGAUUCCCAGACAUAAAAUUCCCCAACAGAGUAUAGGAAUAACUGAUGCAGUAGAGCAGCCAUGUAUUGAAUGGUGUAAUAUGCUCUCUCUCCUAUUUUUAUUUUCAAAACAGCCUAGUGUGGACACUGAAGUUAAAGGAUAGUGUGCACACUUAGUGACAUGCCCCAAACACUCUCAGUGACAUAUGUCCCACUAUGGGCCAAGUCCCAGUAUGGAUCAGUUGAUGUCCAAGUGGUGUCCAAGAUAUGCCCAGAAAGAGCUGGAAGACAUGGCUUAAUGUGGACAAGUAGACGUGGGUCAGUGUGAGUGAGUACUGUAGUUAUGUCCCAGUGAGGACUCAAUGUCCCAGUGUCGACUACGUUUCGCAUUGGAAAUUGAAGGAAGAGGAAAGAAAGAAUGUUCAAAUCUAAAAUGACUUGCAAAAUUGUUGACAAAAAUGUUCUAUUUCGUUCCCUGGCAUUUUGAGUCAUGUGUGCAAUGAAUUUGAUUUGUGGCAGGUGAAUACAAUUUUUUUGUUUUCCAUGCCUUUCCCAAUUAAUUAAAUUGAAAUGUUGCACUUAAGAACAGUUAAGUGGGCAUCCAAACACAAAAGCUGAAUAACUGGUCCUUUGUUACUAUUCAAACACUAGACUGAAUGGAAUUUCUAAAAGACUCUCAUUAGUACUCUGAGCCUGAAGUAAAAUAAAACAUUACCAUAGGAACCUCAUUCAGCCAGAGUUUAGAAGAAGACUUCCUGCAAAUACUUGAAGGAGAUACCCUGAAAAGCCAGCCCUUAAUGCUGUUUAUGUUCUGAAUACUUCAGAUCUGGAGGGCAUUAGCUUCUCGGCUACCAAGCAGGAACGAUUUUGGAAUAAUGCUAGAAUUCUUGGAGUCAAAAUGAACAACACCGACAAGGAGUACUUGUGGAAGGGAACUUGCAAUGGCAACUCAACACCUGGUGUAAACAUAACAUUGGAAUGGAUGGACGGAGCCAUGGGAAAGGCAAUAGAUCAAGUCAUCAGUGUUAUUUCAAUCAUCAUUUUGUUCAUCACGAUGAUCUCCUUGGGCUGCACCAUGGAAAUAUCAAGGAUCAAAGUUUACAUCUUAAAGCCAAAGGGAAUCCUGAUUGCAUUGGUUUCUCAAUACGGGAUUAUGCCAUUAACAGCCUUCAGCCUCACCAAGGUAUUCAAACUGUCUUCCAUUGAAGCCAUCUCAGUCCUGAUCUGUGGCUGCUGUCCCGGUGGAACCGUUUCCAAUAUCUUCUCACUUGCAUUGAAUGGAGAUAUGAAUCUCAGUAUUGUGAUGACCACAUGUUCUACUACACUGGCGCUUGGCAUGAUGCCCCUCCUUCUUUAUCUCUACUGCAAAGGCCUGUCAUUAGUUAAUAAAGUGCCAUAUAAAGAGAUUUCCAUAACCCUCAUCUCAACGCUCAUUCCUUGCAGCAUAGGCAUUUUUCUCAAUCACAGAUAUCCGCAGUAUUCAAGGACCAUAACCAAGACUGGCUUGUUCAUUCUUCUCAUUGCUGCAAUAAUAAUUGCCAUCUUGUCAGCAAUGUCGAUUGGGGAUAUUUUGUGGACACUUUUCUCUCCUCACCUAACUAUCACCACAGCACUGAUGCCCAUUAUUGGAUACACUUCAGGAUAUGCUCUUGCGACCUUAUGCAGAUUACCUGAAAGGUGUAAACGGACUGUUUCCAUGGAAACUGGAAUGCAAAAUGUUCAGCUGUGUUCCACCAUCCUGAAAGUUGCAUUCUGCAGAGAGGAGAUUGGUGCUCUUUACUUAUUUCCAUUAAUCUUCUUGGUGUUUCAAGUUUCAGAAGCACUAAUUCUUGUUGUGAUCUAUCGAAGCUAUGAAAGGAUAAAAAUGUAUCAGCAAAAUGGUACCAAUAGGAUUUACCUAACUGCAGAGAAGACAACAGAUCAUCUUCCCCAUCCUGAAUUUGAAAACCCUUGUGACUCAACAGAAACCGUAAAAAUCAAUAACAUGGAGAUCUCCAUAUAAGCAUUGAGAGAAUUCACUUAAACUAUUUCACAAAAUGUGUUUAUAUAUAUACUGUAUAACCUAGCACAUAAAAGAUAAGACAUUUACAAUGUGGCUCGUGGCCCAGAUUAUAAAAUAUAGUGAAUUAAAUCAAAAUAAUUCAGACCUGUGUGGUGUGCGUGCAUAUUUAUAUUUUUAGAUUUUUACACCUUUAUUUUCUCCUUUACUUGUCAAAGCAGGUUGAUUCCUGCAAAUGGGAGGGGAGAUGGAGAGAUCGACUUGGCCAAUAGCAUUUUCCAAUAAUUUAGAAGAAUGAGAGAUGAUUUCCUUGAAAUGCACACAUUUUUGAUAGGGUGGAUAUAGGCAUUUAUUUGCCAUGGCUAGUGCCAAGGACCUAGCAGUCAUGAUCUCAGAAUAAGUGGUCUACCUUUCAGUUUUGGGGGUGGGAGCAAUUUAUUCACCCUGAGGGUAGUGAAUCUUUGGAUUCAAGAAGUUGUGGAGGCUCAGGUGCAAUAUUAUAAUGCACUUUAUAAAAAAUCGAGUAAUCUAAUAGUUAAUUUCAUAAAAUGUUCCAUGAGGAUAAUUCAACAUUAGAAUAUGAUGGAAAUGUUUCAUAUGGACUCAGAUUGUGAUUAACUGAGGAUAAAAUGCUGGAGUAACUUUUUAAAAACAUCAUAAUUUUAACUAGUUUCAUUUUAAUGGUUUUUAAAUCUCUUAUUUUCAAAACCAUUGAAUAGCCAUGGUAGCUUUGACAUUGUCAAAGUUGGGGUGUGUCUUACCAUCUGUGGGAACUCAGCGGGUCAGGUAGCAUCUCUUGUGAAAAAGGAUGGGUGACAUUUCAGGUCAGGACCUUACUUCCGACUGCUAGUAAAUAGGUGGUAACUGGAGGUAAGAAUAGGCCGGAACAAUGCAGGACCAGCAACAGAUGAUCAAGGAAGAUUGGAGCCGAUAAUGGCCCUUUGUUGGCUGGGGAAGGGGUGAUAACUAAGGGAUGCAAUAACUAAUACAGAUUUGCUUAGCAUGCAAUACUCCUGCAAGUAUUGGAACCAACUGAAUGAAUGAAUAAGUUUAUUGGC